AUGUACUUUAACGAGUCAAACAAUACGAAUGACAGUCUCAAGAAGAGCUCGGAGAUGCUGACAGAUUACGACAAUCACUUUAUUCUUCACAUCUUGUUCCUUAUCUUGGAGUUCUGCCAUACAUACUACAUACCGUUCAUAGUUGUAUUCGGUCUAUUUGGAAACUUAGUUGUGUGUGUUUUUUCUGUCAGUAGACAGGUAAAAGACCAUGGUUCCAGUUAUUUUCUGACGGUGCUCAGCAUUGUGGAUUUCAGUUAUCUUAUCACUCUGGGUUUAGUUUGGUUAAAUAACAUGUUCGAUAAUCGCAUGUUUAACAGCGAUAGCUGGUGUAAAGCAGUGGUGUACGUCAGCUCAAUUUGCAGCUCCCUUAAUACCUGGCUGAUCACCUGUUGCACCGUUGAAAGAUAUAUUGCUAUUCAAUAUCCAUUACGACUUACGCGGUUGUGCAGUGUUCAACGUAUAAAGCUUAUUAUCGGGGGACAAAUCGUCAUAUCGUUAGUUGGUCAUUCAUACAGCUUCUUCACUGCCGGCUUGGUAAAGAUAGGGAACGACUUUAUGUGCAUCUUGAAUCCCGAUUAUCACGCGCCUAUGGAGGAUGUCAACAUUGUAGAUACUACACUCAGUCUAGUCGCGCCGCUCGUGUGCAUCGUGACGAUGAAUAUCAUGAUCAUACUGAAUAUUAACAAAUUAAAGCGGCAAUUCAGUUCAAACUCAACCGGUCACUGCCAUACAGUCGCUCCUGCCAAAAAGUCCAAACUUAAUCUCCGUAAAUACCUGGUGAGUUAUCUUCAAAUUUUCCUAAUUGCAUUUUAA